CCUCUCUUGACGGCCAUUUUGGGCAAGACCGAGUGGAUUAUUUAAAAUUUUCAUCCUCUUCAAUCUUUAUAUUUUUUAGCCAUCGCUAUGGCAGAUAGGGACGARAACAUUUAUCAAGCUAAGCUUGCCGAGCAGGCAGAAAGAUAUGACGAAAUGGUUACUGCAAUGAAAAAUAUAGCUGUGUCUAACGUACCCCUGUCAGUAGAAGAGCGUAAUCUAUUAUCUGUUGCUUAUAAAAAUGUGAUUGGAGCCAGAAGAGCUUCGUGGAGAAUUGUUUCAAGCGUCGAGCAGAAAGAGGCUGCCACGGAAGGGGAAGGUCCAAAGCUGACAAUGAUGAGAGAAUACCGUAAACAGAUUGAAAACGAACUUCAGGAGAUUUGCAAAGACAUUUUGGAUCUGCUAGAAAAACACUUGAUCCCUUCGUGUCAAGACCUUAAAGACCAUCAAGAUGCGAAAGUGUUCUAUUACAAAAUGAAAGGGGAUUAUCACAGGUAUGUUGCUGAAUUUACCAAAGAGCCCGAAAAGCACAAAGAAGCUGCCGGACAUUCAAAGGAUGCCUACACAAAAGCCAAAGAUGAAGCAGAGAGUCUGCCGUCAACAAAUCCUAUCCGCUUAGGUUUGGCCUUGAAUUUUUCAGUGUUCUAUUAUGAAAUUGAAAAUGAUUCCAAAGGAGCCUGUGACCUUGCUAAAAAGGCCUUUGAUGAUGCAAUUGCUGAGCUGGAUAAUCUAAAAGAUGAUAACUACAAAGACAGUACGUUAAUUAUGCAGCUACUGAGAGACAACCUAACACUUUGGACAUCAGGACAACAAGAAGACGAGUCAAAAGGUGAUAUUCAAGAUGUUGAAAAUGAAGGCUGAUUCAUUUUAGCAAUUAAGUCAGUUGUGUGAAUAUACUUUUAUGUACAUGAAUGUAUUCUAAUAGUGAAACAAUUCAGCAUUAGCAUGUACUCCAGCUAUGAACUUAAUGAUUUUGUAAGCAGACAUUCCUAGUAGUUAGUCAUAUAGUCUUAGUCUUCCUUUGCAUGUCUGUUGAUGUUGCUCUGCAUUGGAUUCCACAAUUUAACCAUUCCUGGUCAAGGCAGGGGGGUGUCUUUUAAAUCCUCUACAACCAUGUGCAUUUCCAGAAUAACUUAAUGGUAUCUGUCUUUUAGAGCUUGUAAUAGAAAAUGUAGUCAUUAGUUGUCAGUCUAUUUACCAGGUAACAACCAUAUAUUUUCAGAUUACUCUUUAAGCUCAAGUUAUAACAUGCUUGCAUUUUCCAGUGACAUACAAAGUAUAUCCAACGGCAAAUGUUUAAAGUGCUAUUAAUACUUCAAGUACAUUUUUUGAAAACCAGUAGAUACUAAGUUCUGGAGGGGUGUUGGUACCCGAUUUGUCUCCUAGGUUCUUGUAUGUUAUGUCAGAAGAUGAUCAUGUGUGGUUUAAGGUAUUCUGGUCUGUUUUACAUCAACAUGUCAAUAAACAACAACAUUUGAUUUCA